AGCCGCUGCGGCCGGCGGCCACAGUCAAGGCGCCAGCGGCCGGAGCGCACGCACAGCUGGAGGGAGGGCAGCCGCCGCCGCCGCGGCACACGGGCCGACCCCGCCGCUGCCGCCGCCGCCCCUAGCCCCGGCGGCCCCGGUCUCGCAGCCUCCCGCGGCUACGGCCACCGAACCAGCCAUGUCUCUCAGCGGAGCCUCUGAGCGCAACGUCCCGGCCACCAAGAUUGAAAUUACCGUGUCCUGCCGGAACCUGCUGGACCUCGACACCUUCUCCAAGUCCGACCCCAUGGUGGUGCUUUACACGCAGAGCCGGGCCAGCCAGGAGUGGCGGGAGUUCGGACGGACCGAAGUGAUCGACAACACGCUGAACCCAGACUUCGUGCGCAAAUUCGUCCUAGACUAUUUCUUUGAGGAAAAGCAAAAUCUGCGCUUUGAUGUGUACAACGUUGACUCCAAAACCAACAUCUCCAAACCGAAGGAUUUCCUGGGACAAGCGUUCCUGGCCCUGGGAGAGGUGAUCGGAGGCCAGGGCAGCCGCGUAGAGCGACCCCUCACGGGUGUUCCAGGCAAGAAGUGUGGGACCAUAUUGCUGAUCGCAGAGGAGCUUAGCAAUUGUCGGGACAUUGCCACCAUGCAGCUGUGUGCAAACAAGCUAGACAAGAAGGACUUCUUUGGGAAAUCAGACCCCUUCCUUGUGUUCUACAGGAGCAAUGAGGAUGGCACGUUCACAAUCUGCCACAAGACAGAGGUUGUGAAAAACACGCUGAACCCCGUGUGGCAGCCCUUCAGCAUCCCUGUGCGGGCACUGUGCAAUGGAGACUAUGACAGAACAGUGAAGAUUGAUGUGUACGACUGGGACCGGGAUGGAAGUCAUGAUUUCAUCGGUGAGUUCACCACCAGCUACCGGGAGCUGCGCAAGGCCCAGAACCAGUUCACAGUGUAUGAGGUACUUAACCCUCGGAAGAAAUGUAAGAAGAAGAAAUAUGUCAACUCGGGAACUGUGACGCUGCUCUCCUUCUCUGUGGACUCUGAAUUCACUUUUGUUGAUUACAUCAAGGGAGGGACGCAGCUGAACUUCACAGUAGCCAUUGACUUCACAGCUUCCAAUGGGAAUCCCCUGCAGCCUACCUCCCUGCACUACAUGAGUCCCUACCAGCUCAGCGCCUAUGCCAUGGCCCUCAAGGCAGUGGGAGAAAUCAUCCAAGACUACGACAGUGACAAGCUCUUCCCAGCCUACGGCUUUGGGGCCAAGCUGCCUCCAGAAGGACGGAUCUCCCACCAGUUCCCCCUGAACAACAAUGAUGAGGACCCCAACUGUGCGGGCAUUGAGGGCGUGCUGGAGAGCUACUUCCAGAGCCUGCGCACAGUGCAGCUCUAUGGGCCCACCUACUUUGCUCCUGUCAUCAACCAAGUGGCCAGGGCUGCAGCCAAGAUCUCUGAUGGUUCCCAGUACUAUGUUCUGCUCAUCAUCACCGAUGGGGUCAUCUCUGACAUGACACAGACCAAGGAGGCCAUUGUCAGUGCCUCCUCACUGCCCAUGUCUAUCAUUAUUGUUGGUGUGGGACCAGCCAUGUUUGAGGCAAUGGAAGAGUUGGAUGGUGAUGACGUACGCGUGUCCUCUAGGGGACGCUACGCAGAGCGGGACAUCGUUCAGUUCGUCCCAUUCCGAGACUAUGUUGACCGGUCGGGGAACCAGGUGCUGAGCAUGGCCCGACUAGCCAAGGACGUGCUGGCCGAGAUCCCUGAGCAGCUGCUGUCCUAUAUGCGCACCAGAGACAUUCAGCCUCGCCCCCCACCCCCUGCCAACCCUAGCCCGAACCCAGCUCCAGAGCAGUCCUGAGGAGCCCACCUAUCCAAUGCCAACUAGUCUGCCCACCUGCCCACCCACUGCUUCUGCUGCAAGGCAGGGGCUCCUGGAGCCCUGGACCUCAUUGGGAGGCCAGCUUGGAAGAUAGGAGCUAACUGGUCGAGCCCUCCGCCCCCUCACCCACAGAAGGGCCUGGCACUGUCACCACCUCCCUGCCUUCAUGCCAAUAAUAAAGCUGAUCAUUA